UGAUUUUCGUCCAUUAGCUUAAAAUAGCCGGUGAUAUCCGACGGUUUAGGGUUGCCAGAGCUAGAGCUUAGGGUAAACGGCGAAACUUAUUUUCGAGUUCGUUCGCAUACAACGUACUACGGAACAGUUUUUAUUUCCCACAAAUCUCGAAAAUAAAGCUGCAACGAGCAACCUAAACCUGGAACCGAUGAUGGAAGGCCCUACCGGAGAGCUGUUCAACUGCGUGACAUGUCGCCGCCCGGAUUCAGCGCAGAGCAUGGUCGCUUGUGACGAGUGUUCGCAAUGGCAACAUUAUGGAUGCGCCGGUGUUACGGCUACCAUAGCCGAUCGAAGCUGGCUCUGCUGCAGAUGCGUAGCUAGUCACAACGCAGUUAAUUCGACUCAAACCGGCAACAUAAACUCGCCCGAAGCACACACAACGUUUGCUUCAGCUCGCGCCGCUGAACGUCAUGAUAAUACCACCGGUCCAAUAAGAGGGAGACAGGACGAUCCAAAUUUCGGAAGACUUCAAUCCUCGUCUAAUUCGAAUGCCGGAUCAGUCGUCUCAGUCAAUGCUAUUGCUCAUCUUCGUUUAAGGCACCUGAAAGAGCAAAAGGAUUUGGAGGAUCAAAAAGCGGAACGGGAUCGCGAGUUUCUUGCUAGAAAGCAGCAGCUAGAAGCAGAAAUAGCUUUGGAAGAGCUCAAUGAAGGAUGUGAUCGUAGCGUAGGAGGAAAAAGUCAUCGAAGUAUCGCCGGUUGGGUGGAACAACAAUGCGGAUUCGUGCAUACUUCUACCCCAGUCCAGCAGAAACCCGAGACAGUGGCUCCAAGUGCGAACCCACAUCCCGCCAUCCAACAGCGAGAGGAGCGGCAAAGAAUGCAAGCAAUAAUUCAAUCAGGUCAACAGAUUCAACCAAGCACUGCGCCAAAACAAGCAGAGAUUCCAGUAAGAAAUCCUCCCCCAGCUAUAGCACCGGGCCCAAGGAGCAAUUAUCUUGAUUCGAAUCCACGUUUUCCGCCAGUGGCUCAGAAUCCAGUUCCACCUGUACCAGUGAAUCCGCUAACAUUGCCACCGCCGAGCUCGUCGCAGUUCCCUGGAUUUCCAGUGAUGAAUAACCCCUACGGGACGAUGUAUUUUCCAAAUAUUCCUGACAUGCCGUCAUCUGGUGCUGAUUAUCAGUUUGCGCACCCUCAGGGAGGAGUCUUUAUCAACAACCCAGUCAGGCAUCCGAACUUUGGUUUGAAUGUACAGCCGUGUGCUUGGCAAGCAUCCGAGCAGCACCCGCCUACAGUUCCACCAACAGUGUCAGCAGAUUUGGGUAAAGGAUUUCCUCAUGCUACAGGUCGCAUGAUUACGCCACAGCAACUGGCGGCGCGUCAAGUUGUCUCUAGAGACCUCCCCAAGUUUUCCGGGGACCCACUCGAGUGGCCCAUGUUCUUGAGUGCAUUUGAAUCGACAACGGCCAUGUGUGGCAUACAACCCGACGAGAACCUUGCUAGGCUACAGAAAAGUCUUGUUGGUAGCGCUCGCGAAAAGGUUCAGAAUAUUCUAACGCUGCCGGAUGCAAUCCCGGAAAUUAUCGACAUCCUACGAGCCGAGUGUGGAAGGCCAGACCAAAUUGUAUACUGUCUGCUAUCCAAGAUCCGGAAAACCGCUCAGCCGUCUGUGACGAAAUUGGAGACGCUUGUGACGUUCGGCAGAGAGGUACGCAACAUGGUGACGUACAUGCAGUCAGCGAAACUGAACACCCAUUUGGACAAUCCACUAUUGCUGGCAGAGCUUGUUGCUAAGCUUCCACCCGACUUGCAGCUACAAUGGGGUAUGAAGUUAGCAGCUCUUCCGGAACCAUCGCUUGGCGAUUUCUGUGCGUUUGUGUCGGCUUAUCGAACAGCGGCAUGCAAGGUGAAAUUGACGUCGGAUGUUGGUCUGAAUGAAAAAGCCACAAAAGGUGUUGUGAGAAAGGAGAAGCCAGUUUAUUUGAACGCACAUUCCGCCUCCGUGUCCUCAGCGCCUGGACCACCGGCUUCGAAAGUUACUCCGGUGCUAAAGCCGUGCCUGAUGUGCAAAAGUACAACGCACAGAGUCCGAACUUGUAAGCAGUUCGAAACGUUGCCGCUCGAAGAGAAGCUGAGGUUCAUCAGUGAAACGGAUAUGUGUAAGCGUUGUCUGGCGCCGCAUGGAAGGUGGCCUUGCCGAAACAAGCAGCCUUGCGGGAUCAAUGGAUGCCCUGAGCCCCACCAUAAACUGCUACAUCCAGGAAGUUGUUCGACUCUCAAGAGUCAAGGAUCGGAAUCUUCGGUAUCGGUAACUGCCCAUCAUCAACACCAGCAAGGCACCACUUUCUUCAAAAUACUUCCCGUGACUCUUCACGCGAACGGGAAGUCGGUGUCCACAUUUGCUUUUCUGGAUGACGGAUCCGACCUGACGCUGGUCGAAGACGAACUUAUCGACGAACUGGGCUUGGUGGGCGAAAGAAUUCCGCUUUGCUUGCAGUGGACUAGUAACGUCACGAGAAGUGAAAGUAACUCUCGUAAGGUCGAGAUAGGUAUCUCGGGUGCUUCGAACAAUCGCAUCCAUCAGCUGGCGAACGUAAGAACCGUUGAGAGCUUGGAAUUACCGAAGCAGAGCCUGGAUUAUGAGAGUCUCUCGAACCAAUUCCCCCAUCUGAGUGGACUUCCCAUCAGCAGCUACCGGACGGCCGUGCCACGAAUUCUUAUCGGUGUCGAUAAUGCCCAGCUCAACUUAGCUUUGAAGAAGAGGGAAAGAUCCGGAGGAGAACCUGUUGCUGCUAAAUUUCGCCUCGGAUGGGCAAUAUUCGGUGGAAGACGAGCACCUGAGACGAUAGGUAGUGCUUUUGUUCACGUCUGCGAGUGCUCCAAUAGCCGCGAGCUCCAUGAAAUGGUCCAGCAGUAUUUUGAAUUCGAAAACCUGGCGAUAUCCGGAUUGAAUCCGCCCGAAUCCGAUGAAGAUCGACGGGCCAGAAGAUUGCUCGAAGAGACGACAGUUCGUACACCAUCCGGAAAGUUCCAAACUGGAUUGCUUUGGAAAAGCGAUGAGCCGGUUUUUCCGAACAACUUUAGCAUGGCAGUACGUCGACACGGUUGUUUUGAAAGGCGCUUGCUGAAAGAUCCCGAACUGAAAACUAAUAUUGACAAGCAAAUCGACGAUUAUCUGCAGAAGGGGUACGUUCACAAAGCGACGUCAGACGAGCUCCGCAACAGUGACGACAGAAAGAUUUGGUACCUGCCAAUCAGCGCAGUGCGACAUCCACGCAAGCCAACGAAGGUGCGUGUAGUCUGGGAUGCUGCGGCAACGUAUGGAGGAACCUCUCUGAACUCCCAGCUUUUGAAAGGGCCGGAUUUGGUGAAGCUUCUAUCUGUCCUCUGCCGAUUCCGACAGAAACAGUAUGCCAUCGCUGGGGACAUAAGGCAAAUGUUCCACCAGUUGAUUAUUCGUCCGGAAGAUAGGAACGCACAACGAUUUUUGUAUCGGGAAAAUCCAGAAGCUGCGCUCGACGUGUACAUAAUGGACGUCGCAACGUUCGGGGCAACAUGCUCCCCGUGUUCAGCACAGUUUGCUAAGAAUAAAAACGCCCAGGAACAUAAAGAUCGUUAUCCGGAAGCUGCUGAAGCAAUCGUUGACAACACAUAUGUUGACGAUUUUCUUGCGAGCUGUGAUACCAUUGAAGAGGCAACGAAACUGGCUUUGGAAGUGAGUUUGGUCAACCGAUCGGCUGGUUUUGAGAUACCUAGUUGGCAGUCGAAUUCCGAACACCUCCUGAAACGGGUUGGGGUGACUACUGGAGAUGAGAUGAAGAGCUUUGCCAUCGAGAAGACGACAAAAACCGAAAGAGUCCUCGGUAUGAUGUGGGUACCGAGUGAAGAUGUGUUUGUAUUUUCGGCGGAUUUCCGAACAGAUCUACUCCCGUUGCUGUCUGGGGAAACGCGACCAACAAAGCGGCAAGUGUUGCAGGUGGUCAUGAGCCUUUUUGACCCGCUCGGAAUUGUGGCCUGCUACACCAUACACGGGAAAAUUCUCAUCCAGUCCAUCUGGCGUUCGGGAAUUCUGUGGGAUGAUCCUAUCUGCGACGACGACUUUGAUAUGUGGCAGCGCUGGAUCAAACUGACACCGAAGUUGGAAAAUGUAAGAGUGCCACGUUGUUAUUUCCCCAACUACACUACCGGCAGCUACAAUUCACUUCAGCUGCAUGUGUUCGUGGACGCCAGUGAGCUGGCCUACUGUGCUGCGGCCUAUUUUAGAAUCGUUGACGGAGAUACUCCCCGCUGCGCUCUGGUGGCAGCUAAGGCCAAAGUUACACCUUUAAGACCACAAUCCAUACCUCGAAACGAGCUGGGCGCUGCAGUGAUUGGUUCUCGGUUGCUGAAGUCUGUAGAAGAAAGUCACUCACUGCAAAUUACCGAAAAGUUCCUGUGGACCGAUUCUUCGACUGUUAUGGCCUGGCUCCGUGCGGAUCCACGAAAAUAUCGCCAAUUUGUCGGUUUUAGAAUAGCAGAAAUUUUGACGAAUACUUCGGUGGAAGACUGGCAGUGGGUUCCUUCCCGUGACAACAUAGCCGACCAAGGAACCAAAUGGGGUAAUGGUCCCAACUUCGAUCCAGAUGGAAUGUCCGAAACAAAAACCCUGCCUGGAGUCACCCAAAGACGAAUUACGGUCGGUAAACGUUCAUCGUCAGUCUGA